AUGACCAUCUCUGCCUCGUUGUAUGGCACCAGGAUUCUUCGGCCUGGUCAGUAUUAUGGGACUGUUGGUGUGUGGGACAAGGUAGCAGACGAGGACUCACCUGAGCCGGAUGUGUUGGGCAUGGCACAUGAUCGGAGCAUCGAGUCCAACACCUCGCACCCAGUCCCACUUAUCUACGAUCCAUACCCGAUUUACAAUAGUCGAGGAUGGAAGAAGCAGUUUCAUGGAAAAUUCCAGCCCUGCAUCGGCCCCAGGGGUCGAUAUCUCGACCGCAGGUCCACAGAAGACAUGAUCCAAGUCUACAAGGGCCAACAAGCGGGGUUCCCAGCACCGCGAUUCGGAUCUUACGAGGCACUGGGCCUCGACAAAAAUGUCUGCAUGGACCGGUACUCCCGCUUUGGGGCGUAUGGAUACGAUGGCGACGGCGAAGAUGAGGUACCGGGUUUCUCGCGCCCUCCCGCAGUGCCGUGGUACGAGGUUGAUUGGGACAGGCUGCAAAACCUCUGCUUGGAAAGAAAUGCCGACAGAUACAAGUCAAUCGAGACCGCCAACUCUUCGACCCAGAGUCCACUGGCCUUCGAUCUUCCCCAAGACCCUCACAAAGUAUGGGAGUCACCUGUGCGCGCUUCGGGUGUGAAGCAGUACCAUUCUCGUUCGGCAGUGCUAAUUCGCGCGUGGAAUGGACUCAAUUGGAAGCCUCACCAUCGUGAAUACCUUCGGGCUUUGAUUAUGGAACUUUCCUUGCAUUCGGGUGGUGAAUAUCAGAUCUACCUCCUGUGUCAUGUCAAGGAAAACGAGAUGCCCAUCUUUUCUGACAUCAAGACCAUCAACCGGCUCAGGAAUGCCAUCCCAAAGGAAUUUAGGAACAUGGCUCUUUUCUUCAAUAAUAAACUAUUGGAAGCCUGGUAUCCCAAGAUAGAAGAGCACAGCACUCACAGUCCCCAACUCCAACACCACCAACCUCUCCAAAUCUUCUCCCAGUUGUAUCCCCACUACGACUACUAUUGGCAACUAGAAAUGGACGGUCGACACACAGGGCACAUCUACCACUUCCUCGACCGAGCAGUCUCAUUCGCACGCGAACAACCCCGAAAAUACCUCUGGGAACGUAAUGCCUACUUCUAUACCCCAGGUGCCCAUGGCAACUGGAGCCAGUUCACACAAAUGGUCCACGAGAGCCUCUCCGAUAGAUCCAACCGCACAAUCUGGGGCCCAGUAACCGGCACCGGGAUCAGACCACUAGGCCCGGAUCCUCCAAUACCAUACCCAGACCAAGACAACUACACCUGGGGCGUAGGCGAAGAAGCAGACUUCAUUACAUUCCUACCAAUAUUCAACCCACAAGAUACGCAGUGGACAUUCCCGGACAAGAUCUGGAACUUCAGAUACGGACUGGAUACGCCGCGUCGAGCCGCAGUCAUCACAAUGGGCCGGUACUCAAAGCGUCUUCUGGAUCUAAUCCACCACGCACAGGCGACGAAGGGUCUUGGUCUCGCGUCAGAGAUGACGGGUGCAUCGUGGGCUUUGUUUCAUGGUCUCAAAGCUGUGCAUGUCCCGCACCCGAUCUAUGCGGAUGGUCAGUGGACGCCGAGGGAACUGGCGCGUAUCUACAACCCUGGUCCGCCGGAGAAUAUUAACGGGGGUCCGGGUAGUAUUUGGAAUUUUGAUCAUCUGUUUGAUCACAUAAUGUACCGGCUGUCGUAUAUGUUUACGACGCAUAGCGGGGAGGAUUUGUAUAGGCGCUGGCUUGGGUACAAGACUGCAGAGCAUGAAGGUGGGAAAACGAUCUCUGAGGAUCGCUAUGGUCGACAUUGUUUCCCGUCUAUGUUUCUUCAUACAAUCAAGAACACGGCCCAACAAAUGGGGCCAGACAGGGCUGUUCCCUAA